GAGAAAGGUUCUCUUUUAUGUCAACAAGCAGAAUUAUCUUAAACACAUUUCUGCCUCAUUAAUCAUGAUAAGAUACAGCAGGGCUCUGUUGCCAAUCACAAACAAAAGAGACCACGUGAAACAUGCAGUUGGCCGUGGAGGAGUUCGUUAAGAUAAACUGCUUAACGGCAGGAAACAACUGUUCCUGCCUGGCAGGUACAGGUCUAUCUGCAUAACAAGAAACCAGAACCACUGGCAGUUCUGUUCAAGGUCGUAUUGGAACACAGCCUCUAUCUCUGCUGAUAAGCCCACUGCACGCUAACAGACUGGCCACGUCAAGUGCUGCUACCUGCACAGUGACACAACACACACCUUUAAGCCCAAGUUGGACAUGGCAUCUCCUCACGUCGAAGUGAUUGGUCCCACGACUCUGCUGGGGGAGGCUCCACACUGGGAUGCAGAUAGGCAGGUGCUCUACUACGUGGACAUUAACUCCUCAACUGUGAACAAGUACGACCCAGCCACCAAAAAAGUCUCCACUGCCCAGAUAGAGGGAGGCAUUGUUAACUUCAUUAUUCCUGUGGACGGGAAGAAGGACCAGUUUGCCAUAAACGUGGGUCGCCACCUCUCUGUGUUGACCUGGGAUGGAGAGAGCAGCGUGCCAACCAAAGUAGAGACGGUGGUAUCAGUCGAAGAUGGGACCAACAACAGCUUCAAUGACGGCAAGGCUGACCCGACUGGUCGGCUGUGGUCAGGAACGAUCGGCCCGAUCGAGAAGACUCUAGAGCUGGGCCCAUUGCAGAAAAUCGGCAAACUGUACAGCAUCACCAACGGCCAGGCGCCUGUCUGUCACGUGACCAACAUUCACAUUUCCAAUGGCCUUACUUGGUCACCAGAUGGAAAAACAAUGUACUACAUAGAUUCCAUGAGUCGGAAGGUUGAUGCCUUUAACUUUGACGCAGCUAGCGGACUAAUAUCUAACAGGCGAACAGCUUUUGACUUUGAAAUAAAUGGUGUCAAAGGCUAUCCUGAUGGAAUGACUGUUGACACUGAAGGAAAUCUCUGGGUAGCAUGUUUGGGUGGAAGUAAGGUGAUCAGAGUGGACCCGACCGCGGGCAAGCUGGUGUCUGCGGUGGACUUCCCGUGCCCGCAAGUGACGUGCCCCGCGUUCGGAGGCCCCCAGCUGGACGAGCUGUACGUCACCACCGGCGUGCUCGCCCUCUCCGAGGACGACAAGAGGAAGUACCCAAUCAGCGGCUCCACGUUCCGAGUCACAGGGCUGGGAGCCAAGGGGUUCGCGGGCACGCACGUCAAGCUCUGAGCCUGCCUCAGACACCACGGAACAGCCACUUUCGUCUGCAACAGAGCAGUGAAUCUUCAUUCUGUAUUCUGCCUUCCUCUUUGAAUUCAAUAAAAAAAAAUAUAUAUCUUAUGCUAAA